CUUUCUAAGAUAUUGUACAAACUUACACAAUGACUGCUAAAAUGACAAGGAAGCAGACUCUGGUGCUUGUGAUGAAUGUCAUUUUGUAUUGCGAUGCCCGUUUCCAAGAAAGUUACUCAAAGUUACAAUAUGGAUACAGACUGGAUAGAAAGACAAUAACCUCUUUUGUGGAGUUCAGUAUUUUAGACUGUGCUGAGGAGUGUUUGAAAACAACACGAUGUAAAUCAGUGAGUUAUUACAAAGGAGCAAAUUUCUGUGAAAUAAACUAUGAAAACAGAUUUUCAGCCCGUGACAGAUUUGUGGAAAGUCCGGGUUGGACCUACAGUGAAAAGGAAGAUUGGGAUAUUGGUAUGGUGUCUUUUUGUUCGGCAUCCAAUUGUUCCAUCAAUGAAAAAUGCAAACCCUUACCAGUGGCCAAGUUUGAAUGUGUUUUAUCAGAUUGUGGCAUUCCAUCCCAGGAGGGAGUGAAUUUGAGCAGCGUCGGCAGAUGGGAUGGGAUUGGAAUUCAAAGAUUCAUGACACUUGACUGUUAUCAAAAUUACAUUCAGUCUGGUUCACGGAUGUUUGUUUGCACACAACACGGACAGUGGACAACAAAGUUGAAAUGCGAGCGGCAUAAGAGCUGUAUGGAGAUUUUACAAAGUGACCCCAGCGUGAAAGGAAAAGAUGGGGUGUAUUCGAUAAUUCUCGAUGAUCAGAAAAAGAAAGUGUACUGUGACAUGACUACAGAUGGAGGAGGCUGGACGGUUAUCCAAAAACGACAGGAUGGUUCUACAGAUUUUUAUAGGAAUUGGGCAGAUUACAAGGAAGGAUUUGGAGACCCAUCCAAAAACUACUGGCUUGGGAAUGAAGCAAUUCACUAUUUAACAAAGACAAAUCAGGAACUACGAGUGGAUCUGUUGAGUUUUGAUGACGAGAAAGCGUACGCCCUGUACUCUACAUUUCAAGUUGAAGACGAAAGCAGUAAAUACCAGCUUACAGUAUCAGGAUAUUCAGGAACGGCGGGAGACAGUUUGAAGUACCACAAUGGACAUAAGUUCACUACCCAUGAUGAGGACAAUGACGGCUGGAGCAGUAAUAACUGCGCGGUAGACAGACACGGAGCCUGGUGGUACAGGAAAUGUGCUAACUCCAACCUGAACGGGCAGUACACGGAGGCUGCUGUGUCUGGUAAAAAAUACCCGUGCUGGUAUGGUUGGAAAUCUUUUACAGCAUUAAAGGGGACAUCAAUGCAGAUUAGAACCAAGAAUCAACAUCAAUAACUAAUUCAUGUCCUUGAUAUCUGCAUUGAUCAGUCGACUGAACCAUGUUCUGGAUAUACUUAUUUUACAUCAGAUAUCUAUAUAUGAUAAAGAGAGAAUAGUAACGGACAGUUCAUAAAUAUGACUGAAAUUGUCGGACAUUUGAACAAUUUAAUAGUUUCUUGAGUAGUGAAUAGUAACAUUUUAUGUAGAAUGAUUGUAUUCCAUUUACUUGUGAAAAUAAUCGAUUAUUAAACCCUGACAAAUGAUCAACAUAUUGUAUGUUCUAUAUGAUCUUUAUUACUUUUGAUAUCUGGUGUUUUUAUCUCUCGACUGAUUCGAUACGCAAGAGCUUGUUCUCCUUAUGAUCUGUUUUUCAAUCGAGACAGAGCACUGACAAACAAGAUGAUGUCAUAGGGAUUUCUAGAAUCUUGUUUAAAGUCAGCAUUUUGUACAUUCUAUGGUCGUUACAUGUAUAAUGAUCUAGAUUGUCCGUGUAACCUAUCAUUGGGUUAAAUGCUGUUUGAAGUGCUUUCCACCGAUUGUUAGGCUGUUCUUGCGACACUGAUUUUGACUUCGGAUUACUCCGUUUACCUGAUCAAGACAUAAAGCUUACGGCUGGUAUUACCGGUCGACAGGGGGUGCUUACUUCUCCUAGCCACCUGAUUCCACCUCUGGUAUGUCCAGAGGUCCCUGUUUGAUAAAUUCUUUAUUUUAUAUUUCUUGUGAGAUUGAUCAAUGUUAGUUAUUUUUGCCUUUAAUCAGCACAUGAAUGUUUUGGCACAGAUGUAUGUUCUUAAUUGGCAUGAUGAAUGCUUGUUCAUAUUGUAAAAAGUAUAUCUUUGAAUAGUUUCUUAAAUAAAAUGU